CACAAACACAGCAAUGCCAACCUAGCUUUCAAAGUUCAUGCAGCUCUUCACGUCCGCGCUAUAAAAUUUGUUUACUAAUUACUACGUUUUUGUUGUUUUUUUCGGCAAGAUGGGGGUUCCAAAAUUUUAUCGAUGGAUAUCCGAGCGAUAUCCGUGUUUGAGCGAAGUUGUGAAGGAGCAUCAGAUCCCGGAGUUUGAUAAUUUAUACCUGGACAUGAAUGGAAUCAUCCACCAGUGCUCGCACCCUAACGAUGAGGACGUACACUUCCGUAUCACAGAGGAGAAGAUCUUUGCAGAUAUUUUCCACUACCUCGAAGUGCUCUUUCGCAUCAUCAAGCCCAGGAAGGUGUUUUUCAUGGCCGUGGAUGGUGUCGCACCCAGGGCCAAAAUGAACCAGCAGCGUGGCAGAAGGUUCAGAUCAGCAAAAGAAGCCGAGGAUAAAAUAAAGAAGGCUCUGGAGAAGGGCGAGGUUUUACCCACAGAGGCCCGAUUCGACUCCAACUGCAUCACACCCGGUACGGAGUUCAUGACUCGGCUUCACAAACAUCUAAAAUACUUUGUGCAGAAAAAGCUGUCUACAGACCGACUGUGGCAGGGAGUGCGAGUGUAUCUGUCUGGUCACGAGACUCCAGGAGAAGGAGAGCACAAGAUCAUGGAGUUCAUUCGGUCAGAGAUCGCUAAACCGGACCAUGAUCCUAACACACGGCACUGUCUGUACGGCCUGGAUGCUGACCUGAUAAUGCUGGGGCUGACGAGUCAUGAGCCUCAUUUCUCUUUGCUCAGAGAGGAGGUACGCUUCGGGGGGAAAAAGAAUCAGAAGAGAAUAACAGCUCCAGAGGAGACGACAUUCCACCUGCUCCAUCUUUCCCUCAUGAGGGAGUACAUUGACUACGAGUUCUCUUCAUUGAGGGAGAGGAUCUCGUUUGUGUAUGAUCUGGAGCGGAUUAUAGAUGACUGGAUCCUAAUGGGCUUCCUUGUGGGAAAUGACUUCAUCCCCCACUUGCCUCAUCUGCAUAUUAACCAGGAUGCUCUGCCCCUGCUCUACAGAACAUACAUCACCGUCUUGCCCUCACUUGGGGGAUACCUGAAUGAAAACGGGAACCUAAAUCUGGCCCACUUUGAGAAGUAUCUUGAGAAGCUGGCAGAGUUUGACCGCGAGCACUUCAGCGACGUGUUUGUGGACCUGAAGUGGUUCGAGAGCAAAGUGGGGAACAAAUAUGUGAAUGAAGCGGCUGGUAUCGCUGCCGAGGAAGAGCUGGGCAGACAGGGCAGGAGGAACAAGCUGUUUAAAGACUCUCUCAGUUUGGCAGCUUUGGAUGGGGACAAAGACUCGCGCUGUUCAGGAAGAGCAGAAGGCACAGAGGAGGACGGUGAGGACGAGGACAUGUUUGAGGCAGAGUUUCGGCAGUAUAAGAGAACAUACUACAUGACCAAGAUGAACGUGGAGGUGGUCUCCGAUGAGUUUUUGGCCAGUCAGGCUCGCUGCUAUGUCGAGGGAAUCCAGUGGAUCCUGCAUUAUUACUAUCAUGGAGUUCAGUCCUGGAGCUGGUAUUACCCAUAUCACUACGCACCCUUCCUCUCUGACGUGAGGAACAUCUCUGACCUCACUUUGACCUUUGACAUGGGAAAACCCUUCCUGCCCUUUGAACAACUGCUGGGUGUUUUACCUUCAGCUAGUAAAGAGCUGCUGCCUAAAGGUUACCAGCACCUGAUGACAUCUCCGAGCUCACCGAUUAUUGAGUAUUACCCCGUGGACUUUAAGACAGACCUGAAUGGGAAGCAGCAGGAGUGGGAGGCCGUCGUCCUCAUCCCCUUCAUCGAUGAGAAACGGUUGCUGGCAGCCAUGGCCCCCAACACAGAAAGUCUGAGUAAAUCGGAGCAAGCGAGGAACACACACAGAGAGUGUGCAGUGUACUGCUAUGACAAAGAGCUCGACUUUCCACUGACUUCACCACUGCCUGAGGUCUUCCCCAGUGUCACACACUGCCACGCAAGGUGCACGCUGGUGCCCAUGGAUGCCUGGCGAGUGCCUCUACACACAGUCAUACGCAGAAUCGACCGGAGCACGCUGUAUUUCUGCGGCUUUCCCACCUUGCAACACAUCCAACAUAAAUUCUAUAAGAAGAAGAGCGGUGUGGUCGUGUUCCAGCAGAGCAGCCGAGGAGAAAACAUGAUAUUGGAGAUUUUAUCUAGUCAGCAGGGGGAGCCAGUUCUGGAGGAUGUGGCAGACCUGGUGUUGGGGAAGAGUGUGUUUGUGAACUGGCCUCACCUGGAGGAGGCGCGUGUGGUCGCCGUGUCAGAUGGAGAGGCAAAGUUUUUCCUUGAUGAGGCGACAGGAGCACAGAAGCUGUUUGAGGACACGCCUCCUCCCGUUAAAGUGGUGUAUCUGAGCGAUAAAGAGCAGAAGGAUUGGGUUAAAGAUGUGCAGGGCAUCACAGAGCACCACAGUAAGCGUAAAGGUGUGGUGAUAAAAGAAACGUCGGUGCUGCUCUACGCUCAGCUCCUCACGGGCAGGAAGUACGUGAUCUCCCCGGACGCUCAGGUCCAUCUGGAGAAACAGUGGGCCAAACAGAUCCUGCCCUUCGCUUACCAAACCAUCGUGAAGGACAUCAAGGCUUUCGAUUCGUCCUUGUCUCGGUUUAAAACGCUGGAGGAACUUUUCCCCGUCUCCACCACUGUCUUCAUGGUGGGAAACGUGUAUUAUGGCUCGAUGGGAGAGGUGCAAGAUUCUAGUGAUGUCAUCAGCGAGGGACGUGUGCGGGUGGUCUUUACUGUGCCGUGUGAACCUCACCUUGAUGCCUUAAUUCAGAACCAGCAUAAAUACUCGAUAAAGUACAGUCCCGGCUACGUCCUGGCCUCGCGCCUCGGCAUCACCAGCUACCUCGUCUCCAGGUUCUCUGGGAGCAUCUUCAUCGGCAGAGGAUCAAAGAGGAAUCCUCAUGGCGAGCAGAGAGCCAACGUGGGUCUGAAUCUGAAGUUUAAUAAGAAGAAUGAGGAGGUUCCUGGUUACACCAAGAGAACAGAGAAGGAGUGGCUGUACUCGGCUGCUGUAGAGGAGCUGUUAGCUGAGUAUCUGGAGCGCUUCUCCGAGGUGUUCGAUUAUGUGUCCAGGAACAGCCAUGAUGAUUUAUUUUACGAGGAUGAUAUCUGGCCAGGAGACGAUGAGAAUGGAGCUGAAAAGGUUCAGGAAAUCACUGCCUGGCUGAAGACACAUCCCGUUAGCUCCUCCUCCCGAGCAUCAUGUGACCUCCAGAUUCUGGAUGUAGGCAUUGUGGGGAAGAUUGAGGAAGAGCUGGAGAAAGCUAAGGCAAAGAAGAGCAACAAAAAAGUGUGUGUCACUGUGAAACCUCACCUGCUGUUCCAGCCUUUAGAGCAGCAGCACGGUGUAGUUCCUGACCCCGAUGCUGAGUAUCACCUUUUUGACCGUGUCAUUAAUGUCAGGGAGAAUUUCUCUGUUCCUCUCGGCCUCAGAGGAACCAUCAUCGGCAUCAAAGGAGCUGAACGAGAGGCUGAAGUUCUGUAUGAGGUUCUGUUUGAUGAGGAGUUUGCUGGAGGACUCACCCUCAGAUGUUCUCCAGGUAGAGGUUACAGACUUCCUCCAUGUGCCUUAAUCAAUCUGAGCCACGGAAACCGUCAGGAGCAAAACCCUCACAAACUCACUGCCAUUGUCAAACCACAGCCCUCCUCCUCCUCACUACACACACAAACUCACAAACACCAGCUGGACGGCCUGAACCACUCGCCACGCUCACCGUUUAAACUUACACAGCAGAACAACAGGCAGGGUCUCAGAUCCGACACUCAGGGAAACAGAAACUCUCUUCAGAAAGGCCUGAACCAAAAAACACAAAACAAGGGCUCAGCGAAUAAGGAGGAGGAGUUCAGUAACGUGUGGCAGUCUCUUCAAUCUGCAGCUCUGCCUCAGAAACCACCAACACACUGGCAAAAUCAUGGUCAAGGUGCCAGUAUCAGGUUACUGAAGAGGAGUGAAGACUUAAAUACAGUUUCUCUACAGAAGACCUCCAGCAAGGUCUCUCCAGAGUUUCAGGAGCUUAUAGCCAAUCUAAAAGUUUCCAGGGAAGCCGUAGGUCCGGUAAAUUCUCCAGUUAAGGAUCGUGAGGAUGAGGUGGAGAAGCCGCUGUCUCCUCAAUCAUUUGCCAUGAUGGGAACCAUGAUGCUGAAGGAGAUGUUGAAGAUUGACAGUUCAGCAUCUGCAUGCCCCGCCCCAGACUCCUCCCCUCUGAACACAUCAGAGAUUUCGUCCAAUCCUGGAGCUCAGCAGCAGAACAGGAGACGCUGCUCAAAAAAACUGGCAGCGAGGAUGAACUCAACUCCAGGUGAAGCUCCUGCUCCUCCUCUCCUGCCCUGUGUGGCAGCUGAGCUGAGCCGAGUGUGUGUAGGGCUGAACAUGGGGCCGCCUGAGUUCACCUUCCUGCGCAACAGACAGGGUCUGAUGGUGUGUCAGGUGAAACUGUCUAAUGGUCUCCUGCUUCAUGGUCCUCAGUGUCAGUCUGAAACUGAAGCCAAAGAGAAGGCAGCAUUGUUCACUCUGCAGCGCCUGAACUCUGUUGCUUCGUUUCCUCUCGCUCCUCCUCCUCUGUUCCCCGGGAUGCAGCCCAUGCGGCCGAUCGCUCCUCACCUCCAGCCUGCAGGUGGUCUUUUGAUGCCUACUCAAGGUUAUGCUCCUCUGCCAUGGGGGAUUCAGUUGCCCCCACAGGGGCAGCCGUUUUUCGGCGGGACGUUCCCCAGAACCCGAGCGCCUCCGCCCCCAGCCCCGGUCGGAUCUCACAACCAGUUCAUCCCACUACAGGUGACUAAGAAACGAGUUUCCGGUCGAAAGAACCAAGAAGCGAGACCGGACUUUGGGAGCGCCGCUCGAUCCGAAAACACAGAAACCUUUCGCUCUGCAGCCAAAUCAACCCCCUAUGCCAACAAAACCCCUCCACCAAUCAGCACGCAGGAAUUCGAAAGCCCACCGAAACAACACUCCAAACCCGCACACGCCCCAGGCUCCGCCUCCAAACGCAAACACAGGAAGCUGGCUGUGAAUUUCGAUGCCGCCAAAGUGACGGACUGAGCUGCGAUGGAACUCUGCCCCUUACUCCAACCAAAUUUUUUUUUUUCUGGUUUUAUGGUCGAUGUUUUUUAAAUCUAAUUAUUCAGCAUCGUGGGAAGACGGCGAAGAACUUGAUCUAAUCGUGUGUUACAUCAUGUUUUUCCAGUGGAGAGGGAAUACUUCUUUAACCCACUUUAAUAUCGGCAGCACAAUGAUUUUCUCAACUUUCUCUCUCGUCUGACUUCGAAUUGAAACUUUUAUUCUGAUUUAUCCAGCUUUUUUAAUAUUUUAAGGAAUAUUUUAAUAUUCCUUGAUUAUUUGUAGUUAUUUUUGUAAUUGCGGUGCACUUAAAAUCAAGUUUGGUUAUUCCCAUUUGAUUUGUUUUUAAAUCCACGAUCCCUACACGUACAGCUACAGUCCCGCAGUUACAGACAAUCAGACUGCGUUCCUGAAAGUCCAAACCCGUAGCUCCGACGUCGGUGUAGAUGUUUUCGCAGUGAGGGGAGGGAAGCUGGACUGUGUACAAAUGAGGACAUUCGAAGAGAGAUUGUCUGGAGUGUCAUGUUUGAGAAAAACAAAUAUGGAGGACUUAAAAGUUGUUAGCGAAUAAGAGGAGAUUUAAGAUUUAAAAAAAAAAAAAGAUUGCCAAUAUAAUAUUUCUGUAUUAUUCAAGCUGCUUGUCCUCUUAUCAGUCAGCAUUUCUUCAGUAAAAAAGAAAAAAUACAUCCAGUGUGACAACAGACUUAAAACUAUUUUUUUUUUUUACUUUAAUCACUCUCAGCGUUCACGUUUUAGAGUUCUCUCUGUCCCGUUCAUUUCAUAUGGCACAUGUUAGACGUUUUCGUUUUCCCUCCCUGGCUGUGAGAGAAUGAAGCGGAUGCAAAUUCAACAGUUUACAAAAACAUAUGACCACUUUAGCACAAAAUCAGAACUAAAUGGGUAGACAGUUAAAUCUGUACAGGAUUUAUUUCACAGCUUGGUCAGAAACCUAAUUUAUUUUCUUUAUGUAAAAGAGAACGUGGGCUUCAGUUUGGGUUUUAAAAUUAACGUUUGGGAUUUUAAUUUUCUCCCUUUUUUUUUAUUUUAAAAAUAAAUGAAAACCGGUAUCUCUUUCCAGCAGCUCUGUACGCAGUAGGAUUUAUUUUUUGUUGAUCCGCCACACCAACACCACAUCCAUCAGGUUUUAACGUGGACUGGGAGCUACGUGUAUCCGUGCGAAGUGUUAUUUUCAAAUGAACUCGAACAGAACAAUUAAACUGUGGCUCCCGGUUUGGGACGUUCUGUACAUAGAUCUUUAAUAAACUUUUGUUAUGAGAA